UACAAAUGCAACAGGAGACGAGCUGGUGAAAAUUGUAAGCAACACACAGAUGUUGACCUCACAGCCAGAAAAACUUACUGUAAACAACAUUACCGCUGCUGCUGACAUUGCAAAUAGAAUUCUUACAAGUGCUAAGGGAAAUGAGAGUGAGAUAGCAGCUGUUGCAGCAGUUACCACUAUCAGUCAGCUACUGGAUGCAAAAGAUGCUGCAUUUGAAAAUAAUGAUGUCGCAAUUGUUGCAAAAAGCCUGACGGAAACACUGGAAGCUUUCUCACUGGAAAACUCCAACAAUAUCACAGGAGUAGUGCAGCCCAACUUGGCAGUGCAGUCCUUGACUUUCAACAGUAGCCUGAUGCAAGGAGUACAGCUCACUGCUCUCAAAGGAGAUAAUGAUACUUUGAUAUCGAAACGCAUUGAAAUAAACACCAAUGCCUCUAACCUGAUAAUGGAUCACAAUGCAGAAGUACAAAUUUUUCUCAAUUUCACUACAGUCAAUAAUACGGAUGGCCAACUGGGUUUUGUGCUUUAUCAAAAUGACAAGCUUUUUAGAUCCAGAUUCUACAGCAGCACUAUAAAAAUGAACAGGAGGGUAAUCUCUGGAAGUUUUACAGCUGGUGUGCUCAACAGUGUUGAUCUUCUCUUCGUACCAAACUACAACUCUUCUGGCAUCAGUUUCUAUGACUAUGCUUGUGUCUUCUGGGACUACACACUUAGUGACUGGAAUACAGAAGGCUGCACAAAGACCAGUGAUGAUGACAAAACCCUGAAGUGCCAUUGCAACCAUACUACAAAUUUUGCUGUUUUAAUGACUUUUAAAAACAAUUAUAAGUACUCAAAGCCACUAGAAGUGAUCUCCAUUGUGGGUUGCAGUCUUUCUAUGGCUGGGCUUUUAAUUACAGUUCUCUUUUACAUAAUUACCAGGAAAUCUCGUAAGCAAAUUCUGACCAUCAUGCUGGUGAGCAUCUGUAUAUCCCUGUUGAUCUUCAAUAUAAUCUUUGUAAUUGGCAUUAACAAUCCUAACCCAAGCAAUCAGAGUUCCAUGAGCAUGGACAACAACAGGCUGUUCUCAGACAUGUACAUCGAGCGUGAUAAGGGCUGCUGUACAUUUAUUACUGUACUUCUGCAUUACUUUCUUCUGGCAACCUUUGUCUGGACACUACUGUAUGCAGUCCAAAUGUUCCUUUUUCUUGUGGUAGUGUUCAGUCACCUGCCAUCAUACUUCACAUGGACAGUGAUUGGGAUUGGCUGGGGUGUCCCUGCUGUAAUUGUUGCUUUAACAUUAGGAGCCUCAUACCGAAUUGACAACCCACUAAACUACCGGCAAGAAGAGUUUUGUUGGCUGGCUGCCCUUGAUAUUCAAGGAAAGUUUGAUAUAAGUAAACCCAUGCUAUGGGCAUUUCUACUUCCAGUGGCUCUCAUUCUCCUUUUUAAUUGUGCUGUAUUUGUAUGUGUUUUGAUUCGUGCCAUCUUUAAGAAAAAAUCUAAACUGACAAGCACAAAACACAGUUCAUACAAGAAGAAACUCCUAGGUUCUUUCUCUAUAGCAAUUAUCCUUGGUAUAUCUUGGGUGUUGGGGUAUUUGAUGCUAAUUGACCAUCUAGAAUCUCAGGUGGUGUUCAGCUACCUGUUCUGCAUUUUAAAUGCUACCCAGGGAUUUCAGAUCUUCAUUUUUUUCACGGCAAGGUCCAAAACCUUCAGAAAUUCAGUGUCAUCUGCUUUCAGUUCUCUCUCUGUUUCUAACAUUUUCCUGCAUUCAAUAAACUUUGACGUGAAACGUUUUAAGGCAACAUCUUCCAGAGAAACAUACAAGCAGAUUGAACCUAGCAGAAGUUCAGAAUUUACAUCAACCUCAACUUAAACUUCAUUUCACAGAGCGGCUACUGGACACUCAAAAGUAGAGGACUAUAUUUCCAAUGACAAAACAGUCUGUAUUUCUUUGUAGCUUUUUGAUUAUGUUAAACUGUGAACAUAUGUAGUGGGUUUUGUUCAGUGUUCAAAAUAUAAAACAUACUAUGUUUAAAUACAAAAUUGCUCUUUCUCUUCUGCUUUAAUUAUAUAUUUUAGUGCUCUGCUGCCCUGUGAUUUUCUGGUUGAGAAUUGUGCUGAAUAAAAACUGCUAGACAAAGUUUGAAGCUGCACAGAAAACAAUUGAAAUGUUAAUUAAUUUAAAACCAUAUACAAAAAACUACUAAUAAGUGAAAUAAGUUGCAAAAUGUUACAUAAAACAUUAUACUAUAUAGGCAUUCUUAUUGUACUGUGCUAAAAGAAAUAUAUAAUAUCAUUUAUUAAUGGUAAUAAAUUUGGUCAAAAUUUGUAAUGUCAUUUUUCUCAUAUACUGUGUGUGUGCACGUGUGUGUGUGUGUUUGUGUGUGUGUGUGAGUUUUUUGCACAGUACAUAUAGUUUCCUUUCAGGUAGCCCUGAAUCUGUUUCCCUCAGGAUGUUGUCCUCUUUGCAACAUGUAGGUAACCUGAAAGUAACAAGGUUAUGCUGGGCUAAACUUUAAAAGGUAGAAUGAAGUGAGGUGGUAAUAGAUUGGUAAUAGAGGUUUGGAACAUGAGCAGAGAGAAUUUUAUUGUAUAGUGUGUAAGCAGAUUAGCCAUCCCAUUUGGUAGUAAGGGCUACUGUUGUUUAGGACAGCCUUUGAGGAUUUAGGCUUUUGUUGUUUUACCAUUUGUGUGUGGUGUUUUGUUUCCCCAGCUAUAAUUAUUACUUCCCUUUAAAUAAAUUCCUGUUUUAUUGUA